GCAGGAGCUGUGUCCGGGCCAUACGCGGCUCCACCACUGCGGGGGCCAGGCUGUGUGGACGGGGGAGGGGCCCUGCUCCUGCUCCUGCUGCUGCUGCUGCUGCUGCUGCUGCUAAAAUUGGCAGCGACCUCCAGUUGUUCGACUCGCGGCUGCCGUCCGUCAUCCCGGCGGAGGCUCCGCAGGCGUCCUUGGCCCGAGUUGGACUCUGGGUGUUCGCUCACAUUCGCCAAUAUUUCGGGGUCUAUUGUAGGAACCCAAUGAUGUGACAAUUUCAAAUUGCACAGCCCGAAAAACGCCCAGACGAGACGUACGGCGUCGUGAGACUUCGCUGCCACCCGCAGUGGCACUGUCCAUUUAUAGCUCUCGGUAAAAGGAGCAGGGCGCUCCCAUACAUAGCGUCUGCUCCCAAUGCACAAUCAGCAAACUGUGCUGAUCCAAAACCAGGACUGCCAUAUUUGGCAUGCUAGAGGUUCUUAAAAUCUUGCAGAAACUCAAGGACUUGGAUAUCACGCUAGACAUUCUUGCUGAAACCGGAAUAGGCAAAGCGGUGAACUCCUUGCGCAGACACGAACAGGCUGGAGAAUUGGCCAAGUCGUUGGUUAGAGGUUGGAAAAAACUUCUCCCAAAGGACUGCACGAGCCUCACAGAAGAUGGGGAUGUGUCAGAGGCUUGGUCUGUUAAAGACAAACUCAAAGACCAAGACUGUCCAAAUGCCGGAGCUUUGACAACAGAGGAUUUAAACAAUAACUGCGUGACAUCUCACAGCAAGAGUCAGGAUUCUUCAGACGCGGCCCUCUUCAAAGCGGAGAGUAAGAAAGCUGAUAUGGAGAAACAACAAUGUGAAGAGCAGAAAGGAAAAAAGAAGGAAAAUCCAGAAAGUCAACAAGAAAACCAGCUCAUCUUUCAGAGUGACGUCUUUGAGAAGAAAACUGAAGGGGAUAAAAUGGAUUCAUUUGCAUUCAGGAGGAAGAAAAAUGAUCCGAGUGAGAGAAAAGAAGGAGACGGCAACCCUUUCUUUGGAAACAAUGACCUGGAGGACACGCAUCAGAGAAAAACUUUCAAACUGUCUAAUGUCAGAGAUGGUGAAUCUCCACGUAUAUCCAAGAGCUCACAGGCCCAAAAGAGAAAAAGGAAGAAAACUAGUAAAGAGGGGCAGGAUGGCCUUGAACACAAACAAGAGUCUGAAAAUAAGGGACAUUCAACACACAAAAACAAAAAGGCCAAAAUAAAACACAAAGGCAAGGAAGGUGAGGGUGUCAAAGUGGACACCUCCAAGUCUUUCGAAGCAUACUUGAACUAUGAUGUGAGUGUUUCCAAAAGAAAGGAACGGGGUGGAGCGAAAAAACCUUCCAAAAAAUCCAAGACUGCAGAAAAAGAGGCAGCAACCAAACAUUCUGACAAUAAGCCUCCUGUGACGUCUGAAAAUGUCAGUCCUCCAAAACAGAGAUUUCAGGAAUCUUUCAUGGACCUGAUUAACAUUCCUUUACCUGCUGCUCUGCCUGAAUGUGAACAGCCAUCCUGUGUUGAGUACUUCGACAGCAAAGUUGAGAGGGAGUCCGAUUUCUGCGACGUCUCCGAGGAGUCGGCCGGCUUCACUGGUCAGCGACUUAACAAGAAGAUGCAAGUGUAUUCUGGUGCUAAGACCGUGUUCCUCCCGGCCAUGUUGAGCUUGUACCAACAGUGUAUCCGCACGCUGCAGAACAAUAUCAACUUGCUUUAUGAAACUGGGGGCGUCCCGUUUGAAAUCCUCGAGCCAGUGUUGGAGAGGUGUACGCCAGAGCAGCUGCUACGCAUUGAAGAAUUCAACCCAAUCUACAUUGGAGUGACAGACCACAUAUGGGGUAAACACUGUCAGAGGAACUUCAAGGACUCCAGACUUCAAGAGUAUGAAUCGUGGAAAGAGAUGUAUAUCAGGCUGUCUGAGGAAAGGGAGAGGAAACUCCAGAGGUUGACAAAAAGUAUUGUGUCGGCAAAUUCUAAUAAACCCAAAGGCCGGCAGGUGAAGAUGGCAUUUAUUCACACUGUUGCCAAACCACCGAGAGAUGUGCGAAUUCAGCAGGAAAUUCAUGGAACUGCUGUUCAGCAGCCUCAUCAGCCCAAGUGCAGUGCCAGUGUCAAGGUUGAGGACAGCAGAUUGCGGCCAAGUUGUAAUGAGCCCAGCAGGUCGAGCGGCUCCAGUUCAGGGGGAAGCAAUGCACAAGACCCCCGCAAAAAAACAAGAGUUGCUCCAAUGAUGGCAAAGUCCUUAAAGGCAUUUAAGAAACAGUUGGGACGCAGAUAGAUGCCUCUUCUAUAAUCUUGCUAUUCACAGCGUGAGGACGUGGGAAAAGUGCACUCAGUCAUUGAUUAACUUUAGACUAUAUAGGACCUUGUGUUCACCUUAGAUUAUUAUGUGUUGUUUGUCUUAAUCUGCAGCUAUAUUUUUUUCUCUAUAACUGUGAAUUGUCUCCACUAUUAAAAGGACAAUGAAAUCA